GUUCCUCUCUGCAAGCGGGGAUGUAGAGGUGGUAUUGCAAGGACCGAGAAAGCUGGGGGAACCCACGCGUUCAGCCUCAGAGAAAGUACGCUUUUCCAAAAUAACUGACGGCUGAGAGACGGACCGCUCGGACUGUGGGAGCCCUCCCCUCUAUUCGGAUCUGCUUUGUUUCCAGAUGGCCCAUGGAAGAACGUGGAUGAGGGCUGAGCUGUAGUGCGGGCUGAAGGCCCUGCCUGUUGUCGGCUGGUUGAUUGGUCCAUUUAGGUGAGGCACCACUCUCGCCGGGGGCCACAGAUCGGAUCGAGAAAAGGUCUUUGCUCCCCUUUCCUCGCUCACCCCCUACCCAGGCACGUACGCUCUGGACCAUGUCUAGCGGGCUGUCGGAGGGGGGCCGGACAGAGGACCAGGACAGCUGCAAACAGGACUCUCCUGUUAUAGAGCGCAGGAACCGCAGUGGCAUCAUCAGUGAGCCCCUCAGUAAGAGCCUUAAGAAGUCCCGUACCCUCUCCCAGUACACAGCAGUCUCCUCUGCCACCAGCAAUGGACACAAGGACAAUAGUGAGGCAAAGCGCCACUCGGCCAAGCCCCAACCACCUCCACAGCCCCAGCCCACUGUCUCCGCACUGACGGCAGCCAAGUUGGACCGGACCCUAGAACAGGUUCUGGAGGGACAGAAUGGACUGCUGCAUUUUGCCCAGGCAGCAGCACUGUUAAAGCGAGCCGGUAUGGAGCACAUGCUCCUGCCUGGGGGCAUGGGAAUGGGAAUUGGCGGUGGAGACGCAGGCUCGGGGGCUAGCGACUUGGAGGGUACGUCUGUCACGGACGCCGUAGGUGGUCCUGUUGACUUCCCAUAUGGAGUAGGGGGUGGUUUCCCCUUCAACCCGGGGCUUUUCAUCAUGACGCCGGCUGGAGUGUUUCUGGCGGACAGCGCGCUACACAUGGCUGGCCUGGCCGAAUACCCGGCGCAGAGCGAGCUGGCCUCUGCAAUCAACUCCGGUAAAAAGAAGCGAAAACGUUGCGGCAUGUGCCCACCUUGCCGACGGCGGAUUAACUGCGAGCAAUGCAGCAGCUGCCGGAAUCGCAAAACAGGCCACCAGAUCUGCAAGUUUCGCAAAUGUGAGGAACUGAAGAAGAAGCCCUCUGCUGCUCUGGAGAAGGUGAUGCUUCCUACAGGAGCGGCGUUCCGGUGGUUCCAGUAGGACUCCUCCUCCACUCCCUACCCAAAGCUCUGCCAUCAAGUGCAAUGUCAACUCCUGGAUUGUCUCCGGAACAGACACUGGCUAAUAAACAAACAAGCAACAAAAAAAUAAUAUAGAAAAAAAACAACAAAAAAACAAAGCAGAACAAAAAAAAAUCGGGUAAUGGAUGCACCUACUUAUUCCUUGAACCAAAAAUGAAGCGUAAAGAAAAGCAUCUAUGGCAACUUUUCAUUCCCUUUUCUAUGUUUCCAUUUUGGUACCUUUCGUCCUUUUUCCAGCAGGUUUUUUUCUGUCGCUUAAAACUUGGAACUGUUCUUUGCCAGAAACAGAAAUGACGGACUGAGUGUGGACAAUCAACUAAUUUCUGUGUUUGGUGUUAAUGUUGUUCAUGUGUGGAAAGAUACAGUACUUGUGUAGAGAAUGUACAUUUACAGCUAUAUUUCAAAACUAGUGGCUAAUGGAAAACAUUAUUGUAAUUCUUCACCAUUACGUUACUUAAACCCUUGUCUAUUUUAUGAUUCAUUUUGUUAAAGAGUCUAGUUUUCAGACAGAUUGUUGGUUGUCUUUGAAAGACAAAGAAAAUGUUGUAACGCUGUUGAUUUCGGAUUUAAACUAAACUAAAAAAAGUCAUUUUAUUGAGCGGAUCUCGAGACUCUUCACUGGGUUGAAGAUGCUGUUCGCCAGAGCCGUCACUACUAUAAUCUCCUCAAUCAGCCCUCCUCUGUAUUUCCAAACUUUUCCUUUAGUGAAACUGGCAGCCUUUUGUUACUGUGGCCCUACUGAGCAUGUGCCAAUACUGCUCAGGGCAAUAGCACUAAGAGACAGCACUUGCUCUGAGUCUACCCUACUGAACGCACUGAGACAAGAUUACUAUUUUUUUUUUUUAUAUAUAUUUUCAUGAUUUUGUUAUGUUGCUGGGUAGCUACAGCUUUUAAAAAUAACCAAUCUUUGUAUUCGUUUAGAAAAUUGGACUGGUUUUGUGAAUAAAAAGGAAUGCAUGUAUUCGUGUCAAAAUUUACAAUUCUGAUGUUUGUCUACUUGUCUAUUUGCAUGUUGUUUUAAAACAAACAAACAGCUGGUUUGAAAAAAAUUAAACAUUAACUAUACAUUUUCCAUGAAUUUGAAAAAA